GGGACAUGCUUCGGGCGUUUCAUGCAGCCUUGCGGAACUCUCCCGUCAACACCAAGAAUCAAGCUGUGAAGGAACGAGCCCAGGGCGUGGUGCUGAAAGUGCUCACGAACUUUAAGAGCAGCGAGAUUGAGCAGGCUGUGCAGUCACUGGACAGAAAUGGUGUCGACUUGUUAAUGAAGUACAUUUAUAAAGGGUUUGAGAAGCCUACAGAAAACAGCAGUGCAGUGUUACUCCAGUGGCAUGAAAAGGCCUUAGCAGUAGGAGGUCUAGGCUCCAUUAUAAGAGUUCUUACAGCAAGAAAGACUGUUUAAAAACAAACAAAAAAGACUCAUGUUACCUUGAGAAGAAUUUUGGAUGCCCAGGCUGGUGAAGAAGGGAUUGACGAUGGACCAUCUUCCCACGAACUCCUAACUAAACUGUUUCAGGACAUGUAUCUGCUGAAAUGUAUUUUAUUUUCUAAGGUGGAGGGAGAAGUUGUCUUACUGUUUCCUAAAUCCUUUGCAGGAUCUGAUAGUCUAUGCCUUUGUCUAGGAGCAAUGCAGACUGACAUGUGACUGUCUUCCCAAGCACUGGCCACAUCGGUCAGGUGUGCCCGUGUGUGCUGCCUGUUUCGAAUGGGGGAGGGGUGUGGGCAGGUGCAGAUCCAAGGGCUGCCAGAAAGGGAGAGUUUGUUUUUUGAAGUGGAAAAGACCCGAGAGUUUGUAUAGACACCCACUGUCUUCCCAGAGAAGGCGGACUCUCGGGUUCAUUGUAAAGUGCCUGCUGCAUCAAUAAAGCUCUUGGCUUAUUAGUAUAUA